AUGGUUAACAAUCAUUCUAAACAUUCACGACGAUUCAAAUACAAUCGAAAGCAAUAUUUAUAUGAUGAGAAUGAAAAUAGUGAUAAAUAUUUAUCACUUGAUAUGUUAACAACAAUAUCAACAAUGACAAAAUCUAAAAGCAACACCGAAAUACUUGUUGGUAUUCAACAAAAAUCUUCAACAAUCAUCGAUUGGCUUCCAAUUUUAUCUAUAAUCUUAGCUGUUAUUAUUUGUCUCAUUGCUUUCAUUGUUUUAUGUAAACAACAAAUAGAUCAUCGUCAUUAUAUUUAUUCUCAAAUAAGACAACGACGACGAUCAGAUAAUCGAAAUAAAAAUAAUAAUCAAAUGUCUUUGGAUGAAAUUGAUGUCGCUGAAUGUAUCGAUAGUGAUAUGGAAUUUAUACCAGGACUUAAUAUAUUAUUGGCUAAAGGUGAUAUAAUACUUGAUGAUAAUGAUGCUGAAAUGCUUAAUUCAAUGAGUACAUUUGAUCGUCUUCAAUAUUUUCAAACACUUCUUAAUCAUGUUAAAUAA